AUGCUGCUCCGAGCCGCCCGGUCAUCUUGCCUACGCCCGCGGUAUGCACCUUUGGGCUGCCCCGGCCGGUGGAUUGGCACGCGACUCCAUCAACCCCAACACCGCAUGUUUACUCCUGGCAUUCCGCUACGAGACAAACCUAUCGACACGAAGGCCUCAGCCACAAGCAAAGAUGCCGCUCCGAGGCCUCUUUCCUCGCAACCACACCCGGCAAGUAUCAGCGGGACCCAGAAUCCCCAAGACAAGGCCAAUAAUGCGCCGGGGGAAGAACUGCUGAGCGAGGCGGCAAAAGCGAACAAAGAUCAGAGGAAAGCAGAUUGGGCCAUUAUGCGAGAAAUGGCCAAGUACCUCUGGCCGAAGAUCUUGAAUGUAGAAGUUCCGUUCUACUUCAAGAGCAUCGUGGAUUCGAUGAACGUGGACUUUGCCUCAAUCGGAGGAACAGCCUAUACAGUGGCAGGAUCGAUGAUCAUUGCUUACGGAGUAACGCGAAUUGGAGCGACGCUUUUCCAAGAGCUUCGCAAUGCAGUAUUUGCAAGUGUUGCCCAAAAGGCCAUCCGUAAGGUGGCAAGCAAUGUUUUUGAGCAUCUGCUUCGCCUGGACCUCAAUUUCCAUCUCUCACGUCAGACAGGUGGACUGACUCGAGCUAUUGACCGCGGUACCAAGGGCAUCAGUUUCCUGCUCACUUCCAUGGUUUUCCAUGUGGUGCCUACCGCUCUCGAAAUAUCGCUCGUGUGCGGUAUAUUGACAUACCAAUACGGCUAUAAGUUUGCCGCCAUCACUGCCACCACUAUGGUUGCCUACACUGCGUUCACAAUUACCACCACGGCCUGGCGGACCAAAUUCCGGCGACAGGCCAAUGCGGCUGAUAAUCGCGGUGCGACCGUGGCCGUGGACUCUCUGAUCAACUACGAGGCUGUGAAAUAUUUCAAUAACGAGAAGUUCGAGGUGGCCCGAUAUGACAAGGCCCUGAAAAUCUACGAGGAUGCGUCAAUCAAAGUGACCACUUCGCUGGCUCUGUUGAACUCGGGUCAAAACAUGAUUUUCUCCACAGCGCUGGCCGCAAUGAUGUACCUGGCAGCCGAUGGAGUCGCAACAGGCACCCUCACGGUCGGAGACUUGGUGAUGGUCAACCAACUCGUUUUCCAGUUGUCUGUGCCUCUUAACUUCUUAGGCUCCGUCUACCGUGAGCUGCGACAGUCGCUGCUGGACAUGGAAACGCUCUUUAACUUGCAAAAGGUGAACGUGACCAUCCAGGAAAAGCCCAAUGCCAAGCCGUUGGAGCUCAAGCGCGGCGGUGAAAUUCGGUUCGAGAACGUGACCUUUGGGUACCAUCCUGACCGACCUAUUCUGAAGAAUGCCACGUUUACUAUCCCUGCCGGUAGUAAGUUUGCCAUUGUCGGGCCCAGUGGCUGUGGGAAGUCGACCAUCCUACGACUCCUUUUCCGCUUCUACGAUACGCAGACGGGUCGCAUUCUCAUUGAUGGACAGGACAUCAAAGAUGUCACCCUGGACAGCCUGAGGAAGGCGAUUGGAGUCGUGCCUCAAGACACACCCCUGUUCAACGACACUAUUGCCCAUAACAUUCGAUACGGCCAAAUUGAGGCGUCGGAUGAAGAUGUGCGACGGGCGGCUGAGCGCGCCCGUAUCGACGAACUCAUCGACCGAUUACCCGACGGAUAUCAAACAACAGUUGGCGAGCGCGGAAUGAUGAUCUCCGGAGGCGAGAAGCAGCGACUGGCGAUCUCUCGACUGAUCUUGAAAGACCCUCAGCUGUUGUUCUUCGACGAAGCGACAUCAGCUCUGGACACCUACACGGAACAGGCGUUGCUGCAGAACAUCAACAGCAUUUUGAAAGACAAGAGCCGGACGAGCGUCUUCGUGGCCCAUCGCCUGCGUACGAUCUGCGACAGUGACCAGAUUCUGGUGCUCAAGGACGGGCAGGUGGUGGAGACAGGCUCGCACCAAGAAUUGUUAGAACGCGAAGGUGUCUAUUCGGAACUAUGGAAUGGUAAGUGCAAGCCCCGUCUUCUCCUGCCUGGACAGAACGCUGAUUGGACCUUGAAGCCCAAGAAC